AUGGUUAACGAAGCUGGUGAGCUCGAAACUUUUCCCCGCGUCAACUCUUUUCCCGGGGGCGCAAGAGUAAGUCCUCAUUCGAAAGACUGAAACACUAUAGCUGUUAUUUACAGGUCAGUUUGCGGAUGUACAAUGGAACGGAAGAAACAAUCGAGGUGUUCUGGAUGAAUUUCAGGGUAAUUACUCAACCCCAAUAGUUAUUUCACAAUUGAGCUUAAUUUUCAGGGUUUCCCAAUUUUCUACGCUCGCCUGUUUUCUCACGACCAUCUCACUGUCACAACCUACGAACGUCAUCCUUGGAUUUUCCGUCGCAAAAAAGACGGAUUGGCGUUGACGGUGAACAAGGAGAAGGUCAGUCAGACACAUUAUACACUUCCGCUAUUGGAAGCUUGAAAAAAAAAACUCUGAAAAUACUUUUCUUACAAGUCUUGUAGUUGACCUCAAUGAAUAUUUUCUCGAAUCAGAAAUAAAUCAUUCUUCAUCAGAAUUGUUUAGAUCUACAUGCCGGUUCCGGCGCCACCUCUUGAGAAUCCUGACCCGUCGACGGUUAAUUACACAAACAUCGAGAUAAGUCUUCCAGGCAAGCAAGUUCAAAUUGAAAAGUUUUUGAAGUUGAAAGUUCAGUUCUCUCUCUUCUCGAACUCAGCUCGCGGAAACUGAUGGCUACUGUUCCAAGAGUGGUUAUCAGCCAGCUUGUCCCAAAAACAAUUGUCGUGAGUGUUUGAAUGAAGUACUGAAACAUAACUUCGUUUUCUCCAGGAAUAUCUGGACGAUCUCUACCUGGAAGAAGCGCGCUACACCAUGCUGAGUGCUCUGCUCAUCAAUCGUCAUACGCGCAAUGUUGAAGACCAUGAGCGUAAUUAA